AUGGGUGCGCAUGAGAAGGGCGGCAACCCCGAUCUGGUGCGAGAGUCCCAGAGGCGCCGGUUCGCAGAUGUGGGCGUCGUGGACAGGGUGAUCGAGUUGGACAGGAACUGGAGGAACUUGCAGUACCAAUGGGAACAACUCAAAAAGGAAUUCAACGCUCUCAACAAGGAGAUCGGAAAGCUGAGGAAAGCCAAAGAAGAUACCACUGACCUACAGGAAAAAUCGAAAACGAUGAAAAAGAGCAUACAAGACGCUGAACAGGAAGCUGCUGAGGCAGAAAAAGAGCGUGACCUCGCUUUGGCUUAUGUGGGCAAUCUUGUGCAUGACAGUGUACCUGUCAGCGAUGAUGAGGAAAACAAUGCGAUCUUGAAAGAAAUCGGCCAAAUGCGGCACGAAGAGGGCCUUAAGCCUCAUAUGGAGCUCAUCCAGAUGUGUGGGAUUGUCAAUCUGGAGGAUGCCCAAAAGAUUGCUGGCUCCAGGGCAUACUACCUCAUCAAUGAGGGCCCCCUCCUUAACCAAGCCCUGAUCAACUAUGGAAUGCAGUUUGCGAUGAAGCGUGGCUUCACGCCCAUACAGACCCCCUACUUCAUGGUGAAAGAUGUAAUGGGCGAGUGCUCUCAACUUAGCCAGUUCGACGAGGAGCUGUACAAGGUCACGGGAGAGGGCGAUGAUAAAUACCUGAUUGCCACCUCAGAGCAGACAUUGUGUGCACUCCACCGGAAGAAGUGGUUUGACAAGGAGGACCUACCGAUCAAAUAUGUGGGGUACUCUACCUGCUUCCGGAAAGAAGCUGGUUCUCGCAGUGACACACUUGGGAUCUUCAGGGUGCACCAGUUUGAGAAAGUCGAGCAGUUCAUCGUGUGCUCCCCAGAUGAUAAUGAGUCUUGGCGACUGAUGGAGGAGAUGCUCGCAAACUCUGAGGAUUUUUUUCAAUCGCUGGGACUUCCAUACCGGGUGGUCAACAUUGUGUCUGGGGAGCUGAACAAUGCGGCUGCGAAGAAGUAUGACCUGGAGGCCUGGUUCCCCGGCCUGGGCAAGUUCAGGGAAUUGGUCAGCUGCUCGAAUUGCACUGACUACCAG